CACCUUUAAAUCUACACAUUUAUGAUUUAUACAACAAAAUUCAUCUUAUUUAAAAAUUAACCAAGAACACGUGACUAAUCCCUUGCUCACGUGACGAGUACUUCUAGUCAUGGCCGACGACUACAGGCGACAAGUCUUCGAGCUAGAGAGAAGGAUAUUUGAGUUAGACAUCAAGUGUUCAAGUCUCAGAGCGGAAAAGCAAGAUGAUGACUAUUUACAGAAUGCGUCUGCCAUACUAGGAAAUUUGAAAAGCUUUUACAGACAAGGAGGAGAGAAUAGCAAUCUUUCCAAGCUGCUUCAGGAUUACACCCAGGUGAUUCUUGACAUUACUUUUUAUGAAGAGAAUAAACUGGUGGAUCAGGAAUUUCCUGAGGAUUGUUCACCUUUUAAAAUCCAGCAGCUGCUACAAGACCUAACUGAGCCAGAAGUUUUGGCAGCAAGGUUAGCGCCAGCACAAGAGGUGCAGUCUGUGUUGGGAAUAGAGCUGUUAGAAUGCCUCUACUGGAGACGGGGAGCUCUGCUAUACAUGUACUGCCACACCCUUCAUCAACGAAAACAAUGGAUCAAGAAAAACAAGGAAACAUUCCUUAAGUGUAUUCAGGAAGGCGUGCGCUACCUGAUGCGGAUGCUGCAAGUGAGAAACUCUGUGAAGCUCAAUGAUGGGGUGGUGCUUCAUGACAGUGCUACAGCAGGCAUGCUAUCUGAAGGCGUCUUCUCUGACACACACUUGUUGACGAUGAUGUACAUUGGGGAAAUGUGUUUCUGGGCAGUCAAGUAUGAAGACUGCAGUGCUGACACUACAGACCUCAGAGAAGAUCAUCUCCAGUUUCGGGACAUUGGUACUCAGAUCCUCAACAAAUAUGUGCUCGUUUGUGAGGGUCCUCUGCAAGGCCAGGGGUGGAACACAGAGAAUGCCAAGGAAAUUCUUAGUAUUUUACAGUGAACUAAGCUGUUCCACUGUUGAAGUUGCUCUUAGGCACAGAUCUAAGUUCAGUAUUCAAAUGUGUCAAUCCCAAAUAAAAAUGGAGCCCAGCAUAAGGUGUGUAAUGUUGUUGAAGGUUAAAGGGAGGCACACAGAAAGUUUAUAUGCAGAAAGAGGUAUUUGGAUCAGUGUCUUCAGGCAGCCUAAUCCUAUGCCAAACAUCUUGGCCAAAGCAGGUGAAUGACAGUUUCAGAAAGUAUAGGACUGGAGGUUUAAAACAGGCUGCCAGGGAGGCUGCUGAAUAAUUUUGCUAUCCUGCUGACAAAGCAGCUAUCAUCCUGAUUCUAGACUUGCCUGGUCACUGGUUUUGCUCUAAGAAUGUGUUAUAAUAACAUUACUAUUACUUUUAAUGAAUAUUAAUUAGGGAAAAAAAACAUUUUUAUUUUAAGAAUUUUUACACAUUUAAAGAUAAUCCAGCUGGAAAUGAGACAUUUGCACAAUAACCUUUGUAUUUAUUGUUUUGUUGCCAUUUUGUUAUGCUUUUGAGAUAUUAUAGCGUUAAACAAAUUGUGUGUAAUAAAUAUGCACACAAAAGGCAAAAGAAAGGUGUUUAAAAACUGACUGAUGUAUUCAUGACCAAUUUUAAGUAUGUUUGGAUUUGUUCAUACCAGCUUUGUAAUGCAUCACUAAUAUCCCCAUCUGUUCCAAUUUCCUUGUCUCAACCACUCCUUUUGAAUAACAUUGGUAGUGUAACUAUUGAUAGAAAAUCUUUGUUGUUUGGACAGAAUUUUUUUUUUAUGUCAUUGUUGACAAUAAACACGGGCUUUGUUUAAGGAAAAGUAA